AUGUUGGCAAAGUUAGGACUUAGGAAACAGAAAGCGCCGUCCAACGACGCCCUGAGCGACGCCAACGGACGACAGCGAGGCGGACAACGGAGAGAACGCCGAGAGGGGGACGCGGGGAGGCGGAGUGAGAAAGAUGAUUCGCACUAUUCGGACGGAUACGACGACGACGAUCGCGCUGAUUCAGCGGACGGUGAGUACGACGAUCGAAUCAACAUUAAUGGUGCUUCCUCCUCGGCGACGUUCGACGUCGACGACGUGGAAGCACUGAGAAGAGAGCGGUAUGGACGGAGGAAUCACCCGGCGGAGAGCGGCGUGGCGAAGAGCGCGCGAGAAUCCUUCUUGGCAAGAAAGGCGUGUGGGGACGAUUUGCACGCCCCAACGUCGCACGCGACGGCUUUUAACGCGCACAUGGCACCGGAUAACGAUUUAGAGCUGGAUUUUGCGUACGGAUACCGAGGACACGACGCGCGGAAUAACGGAAUCUACAACGCCGACGGGAGAAUCGUCUACGCUAGCGCGGCGUGUGGGAUUGUGUACGACGGAGACGAACACACGCAAGAGUUCUUUACGUUUCACGGGGAUGAUAUAUUGUGUUUAGCCGUGCACCCAGAUCUCGACAUCGUGGCCACGGGCCAGGCUGGACGAGAUCCCGUUGUGUGCGUGUGGAGCACAAGGACGAGAGAAGUCUUAGCCGAGUUACGUGGAUUCCAUCAGCGAGCGGUGACGAGUUUGAGCUUCGACGCCACGGGUAAAUUUCUCGCCACCGUUGGACUGGACGACGAGCACUCCAUCGCGGUGUACGACUGGGAGAACAAGAAGGUCCUGGCAAACUCAAAAGGGGACACAAAGAGGAUUUUUGACUGUGCGUACAAUCCACACGACGGUCGUAUCGUCACCGUUGGAGAGCGGCACAUCAAGUUUUGGAUCGUCGAAAACGGAUAUCUAGUUGGCAAGAACGGUGUAUACGGACGAUUAGGGAAACCGAGCACGCUCCUGUCCGUUGCCUUCGGCGAGGAUGGGAGUACGUUCACUGGCACACAGCACGGAACCGUGUACCAGUGGGCGGACGGGGGGGAGGAGUGCAUACAGAAAUUCGACUUCGUCCAUCAAGGUCCGGUGUACGACAUCUUUGUCACCGAAGACUACGUCAUUACCGGCGGAGGCGACGGAAAGAUCAACUUUUGCACACAGUACAUGGAGAAAGUGUUCACAAUCAGCAUGAGUCAGGUGGCGGAGAGCAUCAUCGACGAGCACGGUAAACCGGUGUGCUAUUACGAUGGCCGUGCGCCUUGUGUGAGGUCUCUGCAUCUAUCAGGCGUUCAACUCUUGGUCGGUACUGCCACGGGUGAGCUGUAUGAGUUCGAUUUGAGCACUGAGGAUGCUUGGAAGCGAAACAGGCGUAUCAUCACACAAGGGCACGCAAACGCUGUCAAUAGCGCGACUCUGUCGUACAGUGCGGAGCUGUGGGGUUUGGAUUGCCAUCCUUCCAAGGCUAAGUUCAUCACCGCAGGUGACGAUAAGACGGUGCGCGCGUACGACAUGUACCUCAGGCGGCAAGUUAGCGCACGAAGUGUCGCCAGCCGCGCUCGAUCUUGUUCGUAUAGCCCAGACGGCAAAUAUAUUGCUGUCGGUUUCUAUGGAGGUGGCUUCCUAGUGUACGAGGAGAAGACAGGAGCUGAAGUCGCGGCAAAAAAGCAUCGUCGAUCGAUAAUUAGUGACGUUAAGUUCAGUCCGGAUGGUCGUUGGCUCGCAGUGGCGAGCCAUGACUUCUUCAUUGACGUGUACGAUACAACGUGCGAUUUCAAACGUGCUGGUGUGUGCAAAGGCCACAGCGCUCCGGUGACGCACCUCGAUUGGAGCGAAGACAGUAAAUAUUUGCAGAGUAAUUCACAAGAUUUCGAGCUAUUUUUCUGGGAGAUGCCCACGUGUGAGCUGAUUGAGUUUUCUGCCGCGUUAAAAGAUGUGCAAUGGGCAACGUGGACGUGUGUGGCAGGUUGGCCCGUGACGGGCGUGUGGCCGAAGCACAGCGAUGGCACGGAUGUACUGAGCUGCGCAAGAAGUCGAGACGGUCGUGUAGUCGCGACGACAAACGAAGAUGGCAUCGUACGUCUAUUCAGAUAUCCUAAUGACGUUGGUCGAGGCGAUCACAAGACGUACGUCGGGCAUAGUUUUCACGUGACAAAGUGUUGCUUCAGCUUCAACGACGAGUUCUUGAUCACGAUAGGUGGCGAAGAUCGAACAACCUUGCAGUGGAGACACUACGAACCCGAUGAAGGUGAUGAAGAGAUGACUAGUGACGUUGAAGAGGAAGUCUUCACAUCUGUGGAAAAUUACACCGAGUCGAGCGCUGCAAUUGUGGCCACGCCUAUGGUGUUCAUUGGACACGUACGAGGGAUCCCGCAGUACGUCCCAGCGAGCGUUCUCGAUGCCACACCCUCACGAGAUAUUCCUUCCCACUCUGGAUUGGAUCCAGGAAGUCGACUAGCCUUCCUUCCUUGUGCGUCAAGCGUGUUCGCUCCCGACAAUUACGAACGUGAUGCAGAUAUUCUGAAUCCACCAAUGGAAUCGGUCACGCUCGAAGCUACGUACGGAUUCCGCGCGUACGAUUCGAGAAAUAAUCUAUUUUAUACUGCUCUCGGCGACGUAGUGUACCCAACGGCCUCGCUGAACGUCGUGUACAACAGACAAACGCACACUCAAAACUUCAUGGCGACGAAUCCUGCGGCAGAACAUAUACAAGGGCACACCGCUGACAUCACAUGCUUGACGAGACACCCGAACGGGAUGAUUUUCGCCAGUGGUGAGGUCGGAAGAAAUCCAAAGUUGAUCGUUUGGAGUGCUAACAUGCUGGCCAAACCGGUCACCAUUAUUCGAGGAUAUUUCAAAACGGCCAUCGUUUCAGCGACGUUCUCCCGCGAUGGCUCGAAAUUAUGCGCUGUCGAUUGCGACAUAGAUCACAAGAUCGGUCUGUAUGAUUGGAAAACGGGAGAGCUCAUUUCUCGCUGCAGCGGGAGUCCAGAAAAAAUUGUCUCGAUCGCAUGGUCGCCGUUUCAGGACUACAUCGUCACCGCAGGUGUGAAACACUGCGUGUUUUGGGCAACGAACCCCUUGAAGGGGCGCAAGGCGGUCUUCUCUAAGCAUGGGACCAUCCAAACUGCGUUAUGUAUCGGGUUCCCCGCCGCAGACACGACCAUCGUCGGUACACAAGAUGGAUCCCUCUAUCUUUUCCGUGGAUACCAGCUUGGCACCAAUGCUCGUCGAGUACACACGGUGACGCAGUCCAUCGUUGCGACGCGAGAUACUCUGAUUUCGGCUGGAUCUGAGGGUAUCGUGAAAUUCUGGACCGCUGAUCUGAGCAUGCUAAUUCGCAGUGUCACCAUCGAGCAUCCUUACGUUCCGAAAGCGUGCAUCAAAUCGAUGCACUUGCUCGGUAAGAUGUUGGUUCUCGGUGCGCGCUCUGGAGAGGUUUACGAGAUGAACACUACAUCUUAUUCGUACAACUUGCUUUUCCAGGGUCAUGCGUACGGUACCAUUUGGGGAUUAGACGUUCACCCUAGCGAUCAUCAGAUUUGUACGGUCGGUGACGAUAGCACGAUUCGAAUUUGGGAUGUGCCAUCGAGACGACUGUUUGUUUCUCGAGCCCUUGGUGCGCAGGCACGCUCGGUCGCCUACCAUCCCGAUGGCACGCAUAUUUCUGUCGGUUUGUCGGGAGGCGGGAUUGUUAUUUUGAGCUCGGACUCUCUGGAUACGGUGCAUCUCAGGAAAGACCGCGAACAACCGAUUGGGGUGCUCAAGUACAGCCCGAAUGGCCAAUAUCUCGCUGUCGGCUCGGACGAGCACUCCAUCGACAUCUACGAUAUUUCGAAGCAGUAUAGUCGCAUCGGAGUGUCAAAGGGGCACAGCGCGAAAGUAACACAUAUCGACUGGUCGUCGGAUAGCGCGUUGCUUCAGUCUUCGACCUCCAAUCGCGAGAUCAUGUUCUGGGAGAUGCCCAAUGGGGCCCAAGUUAAGUUUCCGCACGAUUUGCGAAAUGUUGACUGGCACACGUGGACAAGCGUCGUGGGAUGGCCGGUUCAGGGCAUCAUACCUCAAACAUCGACUGGAGAGGAUAUCACUUGCUGCGAUCGCACGCACACGCGGACAGCUGUCGCCUCUGGAGAUGCUCGAGGAGUGCUGCGUUUGUAUCAAUACCCGUGCCAUCGUGGCGCCGUUCCGCGCUGUUUCGGUGCGCACUCGGGCCCCAUCACGCAGUGCAAAUUCCUCUUCGAUGACUCUUAUCUCAUCACAGUGGGUGCGGAUAUGACAAUAUGUCAAUGGCGCGUCGUUCUCGGCGCCAGUAGCGUCCCUCAGCUCGGCGCUCCCGUGGACGCUUUCGGCGCUCUCGCCGUGCGCCCGGCGCAUCCGAGCCCCUCGAUCCCGCUCUCGUGA